UUUUAAUCUAAGCUAAUGGCAUUUUCUUGCCCCUUAAAACAGUACAUCCCAGAAAACUUGAGCAUUUUGACUUUUUUGCCAUCCACUAGAGGGCGCGUGCUGUAUUGUUCCGUUUUUUACCGGAAAGGAAGCCAUUUUCUCUACUUUCUGGUAAGAAGACUGAAACCUGAUUUUGAGAUGCCUCGCACAAAGCAAGCCCGGCGCUCCCAGGCCGCAAAGAAGAGGAUGGCAGACCGGAUGGCUGCUGAUCCUGAAGAGGCUCUGCCACCUCUUAAAAAAUUGGCAGAAGUAACAGAACGUUGUGUACAUCACAACGGGGCUAUAAAACUGGGUCAUAACAGUGGUCAUAACCGUGGUCAUAACCUUGGGCAAACAAGUGGUCAAACAAGUGGUCAAACAAGUGGUCAAACAAGUGGUCUAACAAGUGGUCUAACAAGUGGUCUAACAAGUGGUCUAACAAGUGGUCAAACAAGUGGUCUAACAAGUGGUCUAACAAGUGGUCUAACAAGUGGUCUAACAAGUGGUCUAACAAGUGGUCUAACAAGUGGUCUAAACAAUGUUGCUAAAAACACGGAUCAUAAUAGUACUGUUAACAUGACCAUGAAAGCUGUUUCUGAUUUGUGUCCACAGAAAUCGUACAUCAGUGGCUCUUUCCAUCAAGGAGAUUACCGUUUUGGCCGGAAUAGGGGAAGUCAAUGUGGUGCAAACAGUUUAACUGCAAUUAUGAUGUGUAAGAUGAAAAGUGUGUUGCAGUGGACGAGAAGUGACCUGAAUGCUGUUUUGAACCACGGAAAUGACCUGUACAGUGCCAUGAGAGACGCAGGGAAAAUCAACGAUCCUGAAUCCGGCUUCAUAGCUGUUCAUGAGCUACCAGACACACACACUCUGAAAGAUUGUCGGUUUUCAAUAAACUAUGGUGAAACAUUGACUGGCUUGUUUGGUAUCAAUAAAUAUGAUGGGGAACUACAAGGGUAUGCUAUGUCUUUUGAUGAAGCAGUAAAUCGAGCAUUCCAGAGGUUUGAUACUGUUUUAGUGAAUAUUAAGCUAACCAUAUGUGCAGCUGUCAGAGAAGGUUCCUGGUAUGCAGUGAUUGAUCCACAUUCAAGACGAGGUGAUGGCAGAUGUGUAGCUGACGGUAAGAGUGUAGUGGUUUACCAUCGUAACUUGCACUCGCUGAUCGUUCAUUUCCGAAAACUUGCCGUGUCUAUAAAUGCACGUUACCAUGAGUUUGAGGUAACUGGGGUCAACGCGGUUAUGACUGGAGAAAACCGGCCAUUCUGGCAAGUGAUCGAGAACGCUGGUCCAGCAGUAAGUGAGAGUGAAGGUGAGAAGUCGGACGUGGAAGUUGAUCAACAAAAGAGUGUUUGCUUGAAGCUAAACAUCGUAAACAUCAUAAAAGAAGACAAUAAUCCAAACGAGAUUGUUGACAUGGCUGAACCUUGUGAAACAAAAAGUAUUUUGGCCGAUGGUAAUUGCUUUUUUAGAGCAGUAGCUUUUGCUGUAAGUGGAAGUGAAGAAGAACACAGAAAAGUGAGACGGGCUGUAGUUACACACAUACUGCAAAAUGAAGAAAAGUAUGUACAGAAUCUCAGACGAGGAUACAGCUCUGUACCAGAGUACAUUGCCACAUCAAGAAUGAAAUAUGUUGGAACUUGGGCGACAGAGAUGGAAAUACAAGCAGCCAGUGAUUUAAUUGGUGUAGACAUUUUUACAUAUACUCGAGAGAAAUGGCUUAAAUAUAAAUCUUCAAACAUCUCCUCUAGACAGAGCUGUCAACACCAUGGGAUUUAUUUGAAGCAUGUGAAUAGCUGUCAUUAUGAAGUGGUUGUAUGUGUAAAAACCAACAACAAUACCUGUGCUUGCUUUUGUAAAGCAUCUUCUGAAAAAUCUGUAAAAAGGAUGAGCAUUCAAAAAUAUAAUGAAAACACAGAACACAGAGAGUCGGUCAAAAUGAUGAGCAUUCAAAAAUAUAAUGAAGACACAGAACACAGAGAGUCGGUCAAAAAGAUGAGUAUUCAAAAAUAUAAUGAAGACACAGAACACAGAGAGUCGGUCAAAAAGAUGAGUAUUCAAAAAUAUAAUGAAGACACAGAACACAGAGAGUCGGUCAAAAAGAUGAGUAUUCAAAAAUAUAAUGAAGACACAGAACACAGAGAGUCGGUCAAAAAGAUGAGCAUUCAAAAAUAUAAUGAAGACACAGAACACAGAGAGUCGGUCAAAAAGAUGAGUAUUCAAAAAUAUAAUAAAGACACAGAACACAGAGAGUCGGUCAAAAAGAUGAGCAUUCAAAAAUACAAUGAAGACACAGAACACAGAGAGUCGGUCAAAAAGAUGAGCAUUUUAAAAUAUAAUUCAAAUAAAACACACAAAGAGAUGGUUAUAAAUUACAAUGUUGAGAAAUAUAAAACUGAUUUUACUUUUGUCAAUAAUAUAAAAAUGAGAAAUGCUGAAAGACAAUAUAAAUCACAGCUAAAAAUGAAAGAGAUAGACUAUGUAAUUGAACAGUUUAAACAAAAGAUAUCUACAGGUCCUGAAUAUGUUUGUUCAGUAUGUCAUCGUUGCUGCUUUAAAAUGCAGGUAAAAAAAUGCAACAAAAAUAAAUAUCUUCAAAAAUCAAUCCAAGCUGGUUGUAUGGCAGAAAAAUGUAUUACACUGAAAUAUCUGCAUGAGUGUAAUAAAGACUGUAGAGAAAACUGUGUCUAUAAGAACAGUCCUGCUGCGUCUUUAUGGAUUUGUCACACAUGUGAUACAAAAAUCUAUGAAGGUAAAAUGCCAGCUGAAAGUGUAGCAAAUAAUCUAAGUUUGGAUCCUAUUCCCACUGAACUGAGUUCUUUAAACUCUCUUGAGCAACAUCUAAUAGGAAUGAAUAUUCCAUUCAUGAAGAUGCUGGCUUUGCCACGAGGAGGACAGAAUGGAAUUUGUGGCCCUGUCGUGUGCAUUCCAUCUAAUGUUUCAGAAGUAGUGAAUGUUUUACCAAGAUCAGAAAAUGAUUUUAUGAUACCAAUAAAGCUUAAGAGAAAACUGACAUACAAAGGGCAUUACGAGUAUAAAUUUGUGAAUAGUGAUAAAAUUAAAACAGCAUUGACAUAUUUAAAGGAGAAUAACAAAUGGUACACAGAUGUUGAGUUUAACAAGACUUGGAUUAAUCCUCUGAAUAAAAUAGAAGAGGAAUUGACUGAUGAAACUGAAAACAAUGAUAUGGAUUUGGACAAUUGUGAGGAUGUGCGUAUUAACGAAGAGCAAAACAUUGACAAUGAUGAUAAUGAGAUGAGUGAUGAAACACUUCAUGAUCGACAGCAGCAUGGUUUAUUUAUGGAUUCAUGUUUGCAGCCAGUGGACAUUGCUCAAGAGGUCUUAGAUCAACACUUUGAUGGCAUUAUGUCACUUGCACCAGCAGAAGGCAAUAAUCCAGUGAGAAUGUUAAUGGAUGAAACUAAUGAGGCCAAAUGUUUUCCAGUUUUGUUCCCAAAAGGAAAAGGCACAUUUCACGAUUCACGACCUGAGAAAUUAACACUGUCUAGGUAUUUAAACAACAGAAUUUUAAAUGCAGAUGGACGUUUUGCCCAAAACCUCGAUUACAUCUUUUAUGGACAAUAUUUGUCUGAGCUCAAUCAAAUUAUGUCUAAUGUAUCGAUUGCUUUGAGGAAAGGCUAUGAUUCAAGCAACAAAAGAAAAAUUACCUCAGAAAUGCUGACAAACAAAGAUUCACUUCAAAUGAUUUUAAAUUAUGAUGACGGUUACAAGUUUUUAAGGCCAGUGAGAGGAAGUCCUGUUUUUUGGCAAGCUGUUCAGAAGGAUUUGUUUGCAAUGGUGAGACAACUUGGGAUCCCAACAUGGUUUUGCUCAUUUUCCUCAGCUGAUUUGCGAUGGCCAGAAUUAUUGCAGUGUAUUGUGAAACAAGAGGGUUGUCAAACUCCUAUUGAUGAACUGGAUUGGUCUGAUAGAUGUGGGAUGCUGAAACGAAACCCAGUAACUGCUGCCAGAAUGUUUGAUCAUCGAUUCCACUGUUUUCUGAAAGAUGUCAUUAUGUCACCAGCUCAACCUAUUGGAAAAAUAAUAGAUUAUUUCUAUCGAAUUGAAUUUCAACAACGUGGAUCACCUCACACACAUUGUCUGUUUUGGGUUGAGAAUGCACCUCAAGUGGACAGAGAGGACGAUGAUGAAGUUGCAGCAUUUGUUGAUCGUUAUGUCACUUGUGAAAUGCCACCUGAAGAUGAAACAGAAAUGCAUGAAAUUGUGAGCACUGUCCAACAGCACAGCAAAAGACAUGCAAAAACAUGUAGAAAGAAAGGCACUAUAUGUAGAUUUAACUUUCCACGUCCAGCUAGCAAAAAUACUUUCAUUUCAAGAAACAGACAAACAGAUGAGAAUGGAAAUACAACAGAUGAUGGAAAAUGUGAAAGUAAAGACAAAAGAGUAAACUAUUCUAAAGAGAUAUCAAAAGAAUUAGCUGAAUCUAUAAUGAAAAGAGUAAGAGAAUGUUUGCUGAACACUGAUGCUGUCUUUGACUCUGUUGACUCUUUGUUUGCAUCUAUUGGUAUAAAUCAAGAGAUAUUUGAAUGCGCUUAUAACAAAAUGACAAAGAAAACAAAUGUUGUGCUAAAAAGGAAACCAAGUGAUGUGUGGGUAAAUCAGUAUAAUAAAGAUCUUUUGCGAUGCUGGAAUGCAAACAUGGACAUACAGUUUGUUGUUGAUGCUUACUCUUGCAUAGUGUAUAUAGUUUCCUACAUUUCCAAAGCAGAGAGAGAAAUGGGAUUGCUGCUGGCAAAUGCACAGAAAGAAGCACACAAAGAUGGCAAUAUGGAUGCAAAACAAGCUUUAAGAAAACUUGGAAGUGUUUUCCUUCACAAUAGAGAAGUGUCUGCCCAAGAGAGCGUUUAUCGUUUGACUAAUAUGAGAUUAAAAGAAGGAUCGAGGAAAGUGGUUUUCAUUCCAACUGGUCUUAAUACAGUAAAAAUGAGUUUACCUUUAAAUAUCAUAAAUAAAAAGGCUGAAAAGGAAGAAACUGACAAUGAUGAAAUAUGGAUGAAAAGCAUCACAGACAGAUACAGAGCUCGUCCAAAAACUCAAGACUUUACAGGAAUGUGUUUAGCGUCCUUUGCAUCAGAAUACAGAGUUCUGUCCAAAUCUGAAAAGUCAUGCACAGACCGAGUAAAACUGGAAAAUGAAAUGGGGUUUGUGAGAAAAAGAACUCGUACAGAUUUUGCAGUCGUACGAUAUGCUCGUUUUUCCCCAACUAAAAAUCCUGAAAAUUAUUAUCAAAGUAUUUUGGAGUUAUUUUUGCCUCAUAUUUUGCAAAGUCAACUGAAACCACCAAAUUUCACUUCAUAUCAGGAGUUUUAUGAGACUGGAUUUGUCACAUUGUAUAAUGAUGAACUUGAGUCAGUGAAAAUCAUAGUGGACACAAACAGGUCAAAAUUUGAAAAAGAAGCAGACAGUAUACAAAAAGCUCAAGAUGACUUAGAACAACAUGGACCGAUGGAAGACGCAUGGGCCCAAAUCUGUCCAGAAGCAGAACUUGAGCGUUUAGAAUGUCUAGAUACUAGAAAAGAACAACCAAUAGAAACAGAGGAAGGUGAUGAUGUCAUUCCUGAUCUAUUACCAAAUGUUCAUGGUUUCACAUUAGAAAAGAAUCCUUGUGCUAUGACAAAGAAAGAUGCCAUGUGUUUGCUGCGUUCUUUGAAUGAGAAACAGUCACAAAUCUUUUAUAAAGUGCGGCAGUGGUGUCUAGCAAAAGUACAAGGUGAAAACCCAGAACCAUUUCAUGUGUUCAUAUCUGGGCCUGGAGGAGUUGGAAAGUCAGUUUUGAUUAAAGCUAUGUAUUAUGAAACCUCUCGCAUUCUAUCAAAGUUAUCAGAAAACCCAGAUGAGACACAUGUGCUCUUAACAGCUCCGACCGGUGUCAGUGCCUUUAACAUUAGUGCAAAAACUAUACAUUCAACUUUCUCUAUUGGAACGAAUGCUACAUUGCCAUAUCAGCCACUUGGUGACGAAAAAAUUAAUUCCUUGAGAGCAAAAUUUGGAAAACUGCAAAUAUUAAUAAUUGAUGAAAUUUCAAUGGUUGAUCAUAAACUUUUGGCAUAUAUUCAUGGCAGAUUGAGACAAAUCAAACAAACAGGAGAUUAUUCAGCAUUUGGAAAAGUCUCAGUAAUAGCAGUCGGAGAUUUUUAUCAACUUUCUCCUGUCAAAGGAAAACCUCUUUAUACUGAACCCGUUAACGGUGUGAAUCUUUGGGAAACUCACUUUAGUUUUGUUGAACUCACAGAGAUCAUGAGGCAGAAGGACAAAGAAUUUGCUGAAUUACUAAGUCGUUUAAGACUACGUAAAAAGGAUGAACCAAUGCAUGAAGGAGAUGUUGCUAUGCUUAGAAAAUGUGAAACAGGUGAUGGUGAUGAUAGUACAGACAUCCACAUUUAUGCAACAAACAGUGAAGUUGAUGUACACAACAUACAUAUGCUGCAUAAAUUAUGCUCAGACACAGUUACUGUGAAAGCACAAGACUUUGAGAGAAAUGCUAAAACUGGCCGAAUGGAAGAAAAAGAUGGGCAUCAUUUCAGGGUUCAUAACAGCUGUUUAGAAAAAUCCCUUGAAUUAGCUAUUGAUGCUCGAAUAAUGCAUAAAAAUAUUAAUGUUUCAGACGGUCUUGUGAAUGGAAUUUUUGGCACAAUUAAAGAAUUCUGUUAUGAUGAUAAUGAAACAUUUCCCUCAAAAAUAUAUAUUGAAUUUGACAAUGAGCAAGUUGGUAAAGAAGCAAGAGCCAAACAUCCGUGUUUAAAACCUGGACUGGAGAAAGCAACACCAAUUGAACCUGAAGAAGAGAAAGUAACCAAUGAUGGUGGUGUCAGAAGGCAGUAUCCUAUCAGAUUAGCUUGGGCUUGCACAGUUCAUAAAGUACAAGGCCUAACAGUGGACAAAGCUGUUGUUUCAAUGAAAAAGAUAUUUGCUGCAGGACAAGCAUAUGUAGCAUUAAGUCGAGUGACCUCUCUUGAUGGGCUCAUCAUAGAAGAUUUCAAAGAAAACGUUAUUUUUGCAAAAGAUAACAUUGAGCAAGCACUACAAAACAUGCCUCCUUUUAUUCUUCCAU